AGGUGUCGUAGUAGUUCUCAUUAUUUCAGAUGAUGAUGAUGAUGACGACACCUCACUGAUUCCCAAGGAAAGCCCCCACCGAUCACUUCAGCCUGUUAGGAAACCCUAAAUUUACAGCAAGACAAAACUCCGAAGACACUCUUCCAACCAAAACCGAAGCCCCAAAUCACAAGGCCAAAAACCUAUAGAUUUGGUUGAAGAUCGCAAAUUUUUGAAAGGGGUUAUGGAUAGGGAGGAGAAGAAGAAGCAGCAACGUUGUUCGUCGGAGGAUGGGAGCUGUGAGAGCAGCGACUACACGUCGGAGGACGAAGGCACGGAGGACUACAGGCGUGGAGGGUACCACGCGGUGCGAGUCGGCGAUACGUUCAAGAGCGGUCGGUAUGUCGUCCAGAGCAAGCUUGGCUGGGGCCACUUCUCCACCGUCUGGCUCGCUUGGGACACCCGCUUCUCGCGAUAUGUAGCUCUGAAAGUGCAAAAGAGUGCCCAACAUUACACUGAGGCGGCCAUGGAUGAGAUAACCAUCCUGCAACAGAUUGCUGAGGGUGACCCAGAUGAUAAAAAGUGUGUAGUGAAGCUUUUGGAUCAUUUCAAGCAUUCGGGUCCCAAUGGGCAGCAUGUUUGUAUGGUUUUCGAGUACUUGGGAGAUAAUCUCUUGACACUUAUCAAAUAUACUGAGUACCGGGGUUUGCCCAUUCAUAGGGUGAAGGAGAUCUGUUUUCAUAUUUUGGCGGGAUUGGAUUACUUGCAUAGACAGCUCUCUAUUAUACACACUGAUUUGAAACCAGAAAAUAUAUUGCUAAUGUCAAUGAUAGACCCUUCUAAGGAUCCCAGAAAGUCAGGUGCUUCACUAAUUCUUCCAAAUAGUAAGGAUAAGUCUGCAUUGGAGUCCGGGGCUGGGAAGGACAUCAAGACAUUAAAUGGGGAUUUGACUAGGAACCAGAAAAAAAAGAUUCGAAGAAAGGCUAAGCGAGCGGCUCAGGGUUGUGUGGAGAAGGAAGUUUCUGCGGAAGCUGAUGCAGAUCCAGAUUCAUCUAGUGCUGUGGAGUCUUCUCCUAGUGCGAAGUUGAAUGUGGGUUCUGUAGAAGACCAGUCUACUAGUUCUGUUAGUACAAAUAGAUUGUCAGAUGCUGAUGGAACAAAGGGCACUGGGCUAGGAAACCAGGCUAGUAAGAGAGGAAACCGCUCCAAUAGGCAGAAUCUGUUGGCAUCAAUUGAGCUCAUGUGCAAGUUGGUUGAUUUUGGAAAUGCAUGUUGGACGUACAAACAGUUCACGAAUGACAUUCAGACAAGACAGUAUAGGUGUCCAGAGGUGAUCCUUGGAUCUAAAUAUUCUACUUCGGCCGAUCUUUGGUCCUUUGCUUGCAUUUGUUUCGAACUUGCAACUGGUGAUGUACUCUUUGAUCCUCAUAGUGGUGACAACUUUGAUAGGGAUGAGGACCACUUAGCAUUAAUGAUGGAGCUUCUUGGAAUGAUGCCACGCAAGAUUGCCUUAGGUGGCCGCUAUUCCCGGGAUUUCUUCAAUAGAUAUGGUGAUUUGAGGCACAUCCGUCGGUUGCGUUUCUGGCCGCUGAACAAGGUUCUCGAAGAGAAGUACGAUUUCAGUGAGCAAGAUGCAAAUGACAUGACUGAUUUCCUGAUUUCAAUUCUUGAUUUUUUCCCCGAGAAACGGCCCACUGCAGCUCAGUGCCUUCUUCAUCCAUGGAUCAAUGCAGGACCUCGCCUUUUGGAGCCAUCUAUGCCUUCUGAUGAAAACCAUGAAGCGGAAAGUGUCAGUUCUGAGAAAAAGAAGAGGGAGAAGGAUGAAAGGGAAGCUAUGGAGGUUGGCAUGGGGAACAUUGCCAUAAACUCAGAUUCUAAACAAGUCAAAGAUAAACCUUCCAAGGUAGCCUCAAGCAGUUCAUCUAGGUAGGACCCUGGCACAUGUUUCUUAUUAAAUCUGCCUUGUCAUCAUCUUCCGCAUAAUUUUGUUAGAUAGCCGCUGGCAUUCAUGAGAGACACGAUUGCUUGCUUCCCUUGCUUUGGUUUUAAGUAUUUGUUUUGUGAAUGGGCGUGGGGUGGAUAGCAUUUGGUUCUGAUAUCUCUUUAAGAGUUAAGAAGCUUGAGCGAAGCAAUAGCUGAAACGAGAAGUAGAUUCUCUGAUUCUGAGAAAAUGCUCUUUCCACCACAAUUAGUCGCAUACAACGGGACAUGUGGCAUUUGUUACGACUGACUUGUUCAUGAACAUUGUUUAGUUGAACAAUUUCAAUUUGACCCAUUUACUGGAUCCAGAUUCUAUUCAAAGUAUUGAUACAUUACCAAAUCUUUUAUAGAUUUUCCUUGGCA